AUGGUGAAUCUCCCACGGUCCUGGCUGUCUUCCAGCCUGCUCUUCUCCCUUCUUCUUCAGCCAGCCUUGUCUCUGGUCUUUGAAGAUACAGAAGCCCCCGAUGUUGUCAAGGCACUUGUGGACAGAGAUGUCCAAUCGAGCGAAGAUGCCGUCCUUUCGUAUUUUGAUCGGCUAAGCAGAGAUUCUUACUACUGGAGUGGAAUGCAGAAUGGCCACAAAACGCUGGCCAACCUCACUGUCGACAUGGGCGAUGAUGAAGCGAGCAUUGUCUCGAUGGAAAAGUUCCGGCACCUCCUGAAAUCCAUCGACUGCACCAAGAACGGGAUGGUGAUGGAGUUUGAGAACGCUCGUGCGUUCGGAUACACCCAGCGCGGAUGGCAGUGGGUUAACGACGAGGAUGACCGCAAAUUGAUCCUGGUUGCCGGCAAGGAGCACUGUGGAUGGAACAAGUACCGGACGCCAUUUGUCGUCUCGUCCAUUGCGUUUGACAGGGACUCGCUGAAGGCCAAGUUGACCGGCGUGGCAUCCGAAUGGAAGAAGCUGUUUCAUAGCUACGAACUCACGAUAGGCAAUGUGGACGCACCCAGCACCGAUCGACGAGACUGGGACCCCACUGCAUCCAUGAGCUUCAACCAUAAAAUCCCCCUCAGCAAGUCAUUCCCGAUUCCUGGCACCGACGUCUCCGUGGAUGUUUCUUGCGAGGGAUGUGAAACCAAAGGAUCCUUUGACUUCGGCGCCCACAUCAAAACCGACUAUGGCGUCCCUGUCGCCGCGUCGUUGACUCUGUCGCCAAAUGAUGUUUCUGCAAGCUUCACCCCCCGCCUCGGACUCAGUGGGAAUAUGAGCAAGGAACUUUCCGACGAGUUCAAGCUAGUGACGAUCUCUGUCGAGGGCAUCUCCAUUCCCGGAGGAGUUCUGGACCUGGGUCCGGAAAUUGUCUUUAGUUGGGGAUACCAGAUUGGUCCUGUCAACGGAUCCGCAGGGGUCAGUGCCGGAGUGACUCUGAGCCUCUCGGACUCUGCAAAGCUCGAGCUGGACCUCACUGAUCCGGACGUGUCUGCGGGUGGUUGGAAGCCUCACGUCAAGACCAAGCCUGUUGAGGUCGAUGCUAAGAUCGAGGCGGAGGCGGAGGUUUACGCCAAGGCCGAAGUGCAAUUGAUUGCGGCAGUGCUUGACCAGGGCUUUGAAGCGGGUGUUUAUUUGAAACCCUAUCUCGGAGCCAGCAUCACGGCCUCUACGAAAAAGGCAUUUGAUGUCGGCGCCAAACUUGGAAAACUCGGUGUCAAGGCUGAAGCGGGCCAAUCCCAGGUCUGCGUGAAAUCCAAGGCCGGUGUCAGCCUGGAUACAAGCAUCGCCCAGGCGGAUUCGCCAGAAGACCCGAUAGUGGAGAAGCAAAUUGCAGAGGUCACAGCGCCGAUGCCAUCGAAGUGCUUCAACUUUGGUCCCACUGCUGGCGUCAACGUGGGCGAAGACAGGCAGAAGUCGCCGGCAUCCAGCACCAAGGACAGCAGUUCCAGCCACAAGUCCACUCCUGUCAGCACUUCGUCUGUCCAUCACUCAACGACUCGCUCCUCUGCCACUCACACUGCCUCUCAUCACUCGACGACUGAAUCUUCUGCGGCUCAUCACUCCACCCAUUCCUCUGCCGCUGAAUCGACUACCCUACACACCCGGUCACACCACUCGUACUACACCUCAUCGUACGAGACCACAUCCUACAGCACCUCGACAUACGACUACACCACGACUGCCACAUCGUCGACUCCUUGCUCGUCGUCUGCUACGUCCACUGCGUCUCAUCACAGAGGCCACCGUCGCCACCAUAACCGAAUCUAA